AUGCCUAAGCGGAAACGCAACGACGACGGCGAAGAUGACCCAGCGCCGAACAUCUCCGUAAAGAAGAGACGGGUCCAGAUAAAGCUGAAGUCGAACGUGGCGAAGUUGCGGCAUGCUUUCAAAGUCGCAAAGGGUUUUGAGCGACAGAAGCUCAGCCGGCGCAGAAAAGACGCUGUGUCCAAAUUGAAGGAGAAGGAUGUAGAUCGCAUCGAUGCUGAAGUGGCAGCUCUCAAGACGCUUGAUAUUGAUACGCUCGCUACGCACCACUUUCACAAGACCUUGUGUAAGAGCAAAGCUGUCGCAGAGCAUCAAGACUUACCAUCGGAGGUCAAAGAUCCUGCGAAGCUGCCACCCGAUACGGCCACUCUCAACGUCAGUGCUCGUCUAUGCAACUCGAAUCCAGUACAGACGGCCUUGAAAGCCGCAGUGUCAGACGUCCGUCGUGCUCUUGGAAUUCACGAUGAAGACGGGGCAACUACCAAAAGGAAGCGCAUUCGAGCCAACGGCUUUCCAAAGGAUGAUUCUGGUCCGAGUGGCAAGGCGGCCGAUCGACAGGCCACAUCUACUCGCAAGGAGGCCCGCUCGCCUGCUGAAACGGAGGGACCAGACGGCGAGAGUGAGUCGGAAGAUGGGUUCGACGCUUACGAUGAGCGCUUGGCUGCUUCGUCCGAUAACGAUGGCGGCGAGGACAUGGAUGUCGCCGAGCUCGAACGGCAACUUGCCAACGAAGGUGUAAAGCCCCAAUCCAAAAAAUUACAGCCGAGCAAGUACAAUGUCGCGGCAGAUCUAUCUCUAUCCGAGGACGAGCCAGAUCGAUCAUCCUCCCCUGAGCCAUCAAAAGCUGUUCCCACCAAGGCAUCCGCAUUUGUGCCGUCUUUGACCAUGGGUGGCUACAUUUCUGGCUCGGGGUCGGACAUCGAAGACGUCGAUGUCGCUCCGAAAAGGAAUCGCCGUGGCCAGCGAGCACGACAACAAAUCUGGGAGCAGAAGUUUGGCGCCAAGGCGAAGCAUCUCCAGAGACAGGAUCGCAACACUGGCUGGGAUGCCAAACGUGGUGCUGUGAAUCGCAACGAGCGUCGCGGACAUGGUGGUCAGGGAGGAAGAGCGCGAAGGGCCAGUCCUGACUACGCCAGAGGAGGGCAAGGGAACGGCAGAGCGAAUGCACGACCUAUCGAGAAGAAGCAGGAUGUUGCGCAAGAGAGACCCAUGCAUCCCAGUUGGGAGGCAGCGAAGAAGGCGAAGGAGAAGAGGGAGGCACCUGUUGCGUUCCAAGGGAAGAAGGUCACGUUUGACUAG